GGGUCUCGGAAGAAGGUGGUUCAGGGGAGAAAAAUAAAUAAAGGGAAAAAGGGAGGGGGAGAAACGUAAAACCGGCCCAACACUCACACAGAACACCACGCCUUCCUUCCCCCCACCCUCUCUUCUCCCCUCCCCAAAUCUCAGAUCAGAGCGGCCGGGAGAGCGGGAGAUCUGCCAUUUUUCCGGCGGAGGGACCGAAGCUCCUUCCGCGCCGGGGGAGACUAAACCUUGGAUCCCUGGAUCUUACGUGAAUGGCAUCAGUCUCUCGGAGAGUGUAGCUCAGCGAUUGUUGAUCUGAGCUUGUGGAAAUAGAGAUGGGCACUCCAAGAAAAUCCGACAAGAAGGCCGCCUUAGACUUGGCAGCAUGGAGUUUCAAUAUCACCUCAUCUGUCGGGAUCAUCAUGGUCAACAAAGCCUUAAUGGCUACACAUGGAUUCAGUUUCGCCACAACUUUAACAGGCCUUCAUUUUGUGACAACCACCUUGAUGACCAUUGUAUUUCGGUGGCUAGGCCUGAGCCAGCCCUCUCACUUGCCACUACCAGAUCUGAUUAAAUUUGUGAUCUUUUCAAACCUGUCUAUUGUUGGCAUGAAUGUGAGCUUGAUGUGGAACUCUGUGGGGUUUUAUCAGAUAGCAAAGCUUUGCAUGAUACCUGCAUCAUGUCUUCUGGAGGUUGUCUUUGAUCGUGUACACUACUCACGUGACACAAAGCUGAGCAUAAUGGUUGUACUUGUAGGCGUUGCAGUUUGCACAGUUACUGAUGUCAGUGUGAAUGCAAAAGGCAUGCUUGCAGCUGUUAUAGCUGUUUGGAGCACAGCUUUCCAACAAUACUAUGUUCAUUAUCUCCAACGGAAGUACUCCCUGAACUCAUUCAACCUCCUGGGUCAUACUGCUCCAGCUCAAGCAGGUUCCCUCCUGCUGGUGGGGCCCUUUGUGGAUUUCCUGUUGACAGGCAAAAGGGUGGAUCACUUCAAUUUCUCAUCGCUUUCUCUGUUUUUCCUCGUACUGUCAUGCUUCAUUGCAAUUGGUGUCAAUCUGAGCCAGUUCAUCUGCAUUGGCCGGUUCUCUGCUGUAUCCUUCCAAGUCCUGGGCCACAUGAAGACCGUCUUGGUCCUGUUCCUAGGGUUUCUCUUCUUCGGCAAGGAGGGCCUGAACCUUCAUGUAGUCCUUGGAAUGAUCCUCGCAGUUCUCGGAAUGAUGUGGUAUGGGAACGCAUCAGCGAAACCAGGAGGUAAAGAGCGUCGGAGUGUUCUCCCAGUGAGGUCCGAGAGGCACAAUGGAGCUUCAGAAGAGAAGGAUGGUGGCGAGAAAUGAUUUUUGCGAACAGCAACCGAAGUGUGCGCAUAUUUUUUUCCCCUUGGUUUCUGGUGACGUGAAUACAAGGAAAGAAGAAACUCUGGCGUUAUUCUUGAUAGAGGUUACUACAGAAGCUGAACAUUACCCCAUGUAGAAACUGCGGCAUCGUUCUUGUUAUAGGUUAUAAACAUUAUCGUCUCGUCUCUGAUACAUUUGUAGUCACCAGAUGUUUUACAAGGUUUGGGUAUAGUAUAAUUCUUCAGAAGUAAGUCCCAUGUGAAGUUGUGGAAUUACGGCAAGGGAUGUUGAAAUGAAGACUGUUUUUAGCCAUAUGGAAGUAUAGCUGUUAGAAUCAUAUCAGAAUGACCCUUUCACUCCAUGUGGAUGGAAUUCAUGAACUUGUUUCUAUAGAUCAUGCCUUCACUCUUAUCAUUUUAUAAUAUUGCUCUAUUUUGCUUUUUUUU